UUAUAGCUGUGGUCACAUUGUCAACCCAAGCUGAAGCCGCGUCAAAUUUGUUACUAUUAAUAUUUAUGAAUUUAUCAGAAAAAUGUCGGUUAAAAAAUCUGCAACCGAGCCGAAUAUUGAGGAAGCUUUCAAAAGGCACAGCCCAAUUGCAGCCAAAGUGAAGGAAGAAUACGAAAAAGCACUGAUAGACAUUUUUGCAGACAUGGGACCGAAUUGCCUGGAACCGUUUGCAGCAAUUCUUUUGGAGAAUGAGAACACUAUUCUCAACAAGGAAACUUUGAUCGAGCGUGUGCGCAUGCGAAUGAGCCAGCUGCUGCCCAAGAUAAACGAAAAUUUCUUUGUGUCCAAUGAUGUAGGAAAAAAAUUAAUAACGCUUGAGGUGCUCAAAGAGAAGUUUGAACCCUUCAAAGGUACCAACUGGCAAGUGCAUAAUCUGACGCCCGAGGAGCGAACAAGACCCGUCCGCAUGCGGCUUAUGGAUUCCAGCAUAAGAUUUUUACAAAAGCAGAUAAACUCACAGGAAAAGGCUAUAGAGAUUGCCAUGGCAAAGAGCAGAGAGAACCGGGAACGCAUUCACAACAUUCAAAACGAACGCGUAAAACUUUACGCCCUGAUGCAACAGCAAACAAGUUACUACCAGGACAUGUUUCCAAAACUAAUGGAUCUAUCAAAAAAAAUGAUAGGAGCUGAAAUAUUGGAUUAA